AUGGAUAUUCCGAUCUUAGGCUUUCAUUCAAAACGGGAUUUAUCAAGCAGAUACUUAAUAAAAUACCCUGAAAUAGUCGAAUUAGAAGCAGGAAUUCCUUACAAAGAAUUUUUCUAUCAUAGCAGAGCCCGUGAUAAAAAUCUUGAAUUCAGAGUGGUAAAAAGGAUAACUGAAACUAAACAGCACGCAGAACUGCUUAUAGAAAAUUCUGCCCUUACUUGCCCAUUAAAUCGCUAUGCAGAUAUUUUACCAUAUCGAGAUACGAUAGUUCCUCUUUCAUAUUACCUUUAUAUAAAUGCUAGCUUUAUUGAUGGAUCAAUAGCAAAUUCUGAGCAAAUGUUUAUAGCUACACAAGGUCCUCUUAGAUGUACUAUGGAUGCAUUCUGGAGUAUGAUAUGAGAAUAUAAUGUUUCUUUGAUAAUCAUGAUGUGUAGCGUACAGGAGGGAGGAGUUUCGAAAUGUGAAGAAUAUUUUCCGACUAAAUGUUCAAUUCAUUUGAUAGAGUUUGAAAUUACCUUAAUAAAGAAGGUUAAUAGAUACUCCUCUUUAAUAGAAAGAACUCUACUAGUGACUCAUAUUCCCAGUGAUGAAUGUAAAAUUAUCACCCAUUUGCAAAGUACUUCAUGGCCAGACCAAGGGGUACCUAAAGUAUUUGAUGAAUUCAGUUCAAUUAAUUACAUGAUUUCUAUGAUAAAGAAAAAAAGGCAAGGAAACUCAAAGAUUGCAGUACAUUGCUCAGCAGGAAUAGGAAGAACUGGAGUUUUAAUUGGACUUAAUAAUCUUGUGGCUCAGUUAGAUGAAAGGCUUUGUGAGGAGCUAUACGAUUUAGACACAGACCCAACAUUAUCUAUAUUUGGGACUGUAAGAAAACUGAGGGAACAAAGAUGAGGGAUGGUUGCGACUGCAAAGCAAUAUAAAUUCAUGUAUAAGUUUAUGGAAUAUUGAAUAGCGUCAUUUUUAGCUUACAAAAGUCAAUUUAAAAGAGUUUAA